CGGGAAUGGUCGGGUUCAUAUCACAAUUGAGGCAUUUUUUUUUUCUUUUUCUUGUUUUUUCUUUCAUAUACACACAAAACACUUGUAUAAUUCUCUUAUAAACCAUUUCUCGUCUUUUUUUUUCUGUUAUUGUAUGAAUCCUUAUGACCUUGGUUGCCGUCACUUACAACCCACCACGACAUUCUUCUUUUAAUCACAGUAAUAAAUGGAAGAAAGGGUUAGUAUCAUUAUUUACGAACAAAUUCAACUAUUCAUCUGGUCGAAGAUAUUCUUCACCUACAACAGUAGCAGCAGCUACAGAAAAAGUGCUUAGACAUAUGGAUAAUAAUAAUAACAACAAUGAAUCUAUGAUUAAAUGUGAAGAUUUAACCGCUAAAGAGUUUGCUCAAAUGGCAGGCAUCAAGAUUAAAGAACAAGAACAAGACAUAGAUCAUGACUUGACCCAGAUGACAUCCAUUACCGCCUUCUCUUCCAAAAGUUCACCCAAUAAAAGCAUUUGGGAUUCCGACUUUUGGCAGUGUAACGACGGUGAUAAAAAAUGCACAAAUGAUACCCAGUCACUGACAGUACCUUCAUGUAACUACAGUAUACAAAAAGGUAGAUUCAAGAUUUGUGUGGGACAAGUGGAUAGUGAGCCUGUUCAUCAACACCAGCAAACAGUACUUGAAUGGAAAAGAAAAAGAUCAGACUCAUCCUCAGCUAAAAAGAAACAAAAAUAAUAAUACCUUCCUUUGAUAAAUGUGUGUGUAUAAUAUGCCCUUUAAGAUUUUUAAAAAACACGUGUACAUAAUAAACC